GAUGACUUCAGUGCUAAGUACUUAUAUAUGUACUCACCUACCCACCCCCUCUGCUUUCCUCUUCACCUUCACUUCACCCUCACACCUGCAACCAGCUUCCAAUUGCCGCCGUAGUGCAGCCACCGUAAUAAAUCGAACUCUCGCCAAACUAGCAAAGCUCAGUACCCUCUGUAUCAUGUAAUCUGAACUUUUGGCCAGCACCGAGCUCAGGGGUAAAUCUACUUCAACUUCCUCUACGCUUCAUCACUAUCCCACCAUGAUGACAAAGAGUGCAUACUCUAGUACAUCAUGUAGAAUACUCAUCAUGUAUCGGGAAUUCUCACUCAGAUUCUCUGCUAAGUCUGGCCGGAGCUCAAUCGCCAUUGCUGCCCUGAAUGCUUUCCCU